UUACAGUUUGUUAUAUCGUCCACGCGGAGAUAUUUUUCAAACGUCACUUUUUCAAAACCGCGAUUUUAGAGAGUAACCCACCGAAGAGUUCGUUCGCCGCCAUGAAACCAGCAAGUGCUACGGUGGCUAAACUCGACGGUGGAGGAGAAGACGAGAAAUUUGCGGUGGGGAAUGUAUACGCUGUCAAGCUGAUCACCGGAGAUGAGUUCAAUGGCAUUACCUUACGGAUGGUGAAUGCGAAAUACAUAACGGAGAUGAAGAAUCUGGCGAAUGUGAAGGAUCCGCUCGCUAAAAAGACUUUGGUUAAGCUUGAUGGACUCAUAGAUAAAGAGAAUCAAGCCAUUAGGAACGUCGAGAAAAUUGGUUUUGGUGUUACCGCAGAAGCGCAGAGGAUCUUUGACGCGAUUUCUAAAACGCUUCCUAUACGCUGGGAUAAUAAAGACAUGGUGGUAAUGGGAGAAGUGAUUGUUCGUAGCCCUUAUCAUUCUGAUUGUGUCUUUGGAGGAACCCGUGCUGUCAAUGAUCGAGUCAAGACUGUGCUGGAGCAGGUGAGAAAGAAGUUGCAACUCAGUGACACAUGAGGCCAUUGAUGGAGUUGUUCAAUGCACAUAGAGCAAUAGCUAGUACCCUAGAUCUGAUGCCAUGUGUAAAUUCGCUUAACGAUAAGAAGAUUUAGAGAUCUUUGAGUUGCAGAGAUUGAAUUUUGGUGUUGUUGACAAGAACACAGAUAGUGUCAGUGUUUUCCUCUGUAUAUCAAAUCUGAAUCCUGAAACUGAAAGCUUUAAUGAAUGGUGAAUGGCUUU